AUGACGCCAGUCUCCUCCUUUUGCCAAUUCGAGUCACCGGAGUGCAGCAACAACCAGGAUCUCUUUUCCAGUGCCAACACACCGCUAUCUCGAGCAGGCAUUGCGGUAUCGCGUUCAACGUCUGAGAUGGAUAUGCACUCUGAACCGAGAUACGCCGUCCUGCAGGAUCCCUUCGCCUAUUACAAGGCCUUCUUAGACACGAGCGUACCGCCUGCCGCCCGAACAAACGGGUUAGCACACGACGACAACGGUUACAUUUGCCACACUGAAACCAUUGGGCUGCAAGAAAGCCAAACGCCCGGCAAUCAACAGCAAACCAGGGCUCGAGCCGUCCCCCAUAAUCUGGCUGUUCGGUUUGCGAAUCGUUCCAAUGGAGCACCGUUGGCUACAAUCGUCGAACAGGGUUCCUUCUCGACGCUAAACUCUUACGGCUCUCUUCUCAGUGUUGGUCGCUUUCCUCCUCUGGUAGCUACGGAGAACGCAUCCCCAAAUCGUACCACCAGCAGGCUAUCACGAAGCCUUGAUGAAAAAAUACUUCGUAACAUCCAGGAGGAUGCUUUCCUCGAGCAAGACGGGACUGUCAUGGUUGAGGCACCAGCAAUGCCAUCUGCCAACCAGGGUAAUGAGAGAUUGCAUUUGGUAUGCGAUACAUAUACCCCUGCAAGAUCAGAUUUUCCCGAGUCCCGCCACAAUCCCGAGCCUCAGAUCGACGACCAGGAUUAUGUUGUGGAUGAUAGAGGAGUAAGAGGGUUUCUCCGUGGAGUACUGCAUAAUGUACGAGCAGCCUCACGAACACGAUCUCGUUCGUCUUCCUUUACACAUGUCACCAUCAUCGACUCUCAAGAAGAGCCGGCAGACACAAUCAAUGAUAGCCCACAGAUCCAUCAUCAGGGUCGAAGCUUUGAGACUCCGGAAAUGAGUAAUCAGAAACCUGACACCUACCAUCAUGCUGAGAGCGCAUCAUCGGGUGUGGCUUUUGAGGUUGUUCCAGAACCUCAGCCCAGAAAUCGUAAGAUUUCGAGGGCAAAUUCUCAGUCCUCAGCUCAUGUUCCUCCGCCCUUGCUACGUGUUCCUCAAUCUAGCUACCAAACAGAGCCCGAUCACGGCCCUGUAAUUCGUCUGCCGGCAUGUUCGCUUGCAACGCACUCGCGUGAGCGUUGUUUGCUAGAGCACAAUGUGCUUCCAGGUCCACGCAACGCGACGCACGAUGAUGGUACGAUGGAAGCUGCAAAGCCUUCAAUUCAAGAUAGACAUGACAUUGCGGCGAAGUACACAUUCGAUGACACCUCAGUGCCCCGUAACAAAACAACAUCGUUGGCAGAAGUUGAUUGUGCAAGGUACACGAGCCGCAAUGCGAGCUUUUGUAGCACCAUGUCCACGUCGUACUCUGGGACGGUACUCGGUAUCGACCUUGAUCUUCAGUAUGGGCUUUCUCAUCAGCCGCGCCGCUCACGUCCAGCAACACCGGUGUGGUUUACGCCCCAAAUGGCAGAGCUUGAGCGACAAGCAUCGCCGUCUGAAUCUACUGAGUGGAGGCAACCCACGGCAGCGGAGCCCACAUCUCACACCAUGACAUCGUCUGCGUUGAUGACUCUACUACCCGUUGCCAUGGCAUCCGGGAUCGUACGCCGAAAUUAUGAUACACCAAAGAUCUCUUUCUACUCACCGUCUGGUAACUUGAUACAGCCAGAAGGCAGCCCGACGCCAGGAGCAAGUAUAUCCGACUAUGGCGGCUCGCCCACUAAUACAAUAUCACGUUAUAACAAGACAAACUUACCUUCAGAUUACAUAACGACAUCUGGUCUACCACCCCCCAGACCUUCUCUACAACCUAUGACCACACCACCUACUUCCAAAUCUCCACUCCCAUCACAUCUACGACAUCAUCACAACUACCGCCAACCUGAGUUGAGUCACAUCUCAUCAUGUGAACCGUUCCUUAUACCCAUACCUGCAGUCAAAGGGUGUGGUGGCGUCGUGAGGAACAACAGCUUCUCACCACGGAGUGGGAUCCUACAAACGCACAACGGUCCAUCUGAUGCCCAUCUACGCCACCACCGCUCCACACGCUCCAUGGUCCGCUCAAUCAGAAGCGAAGCGGAGUUCUACAGGCUACGAUUCGUCAACCAGGUCUUGUCUGCGUCUUGCACGCCGCCUCUACCGCCCAGACCCAAGGGCAAAACGCUCCAGAAACGCGGCAUAGCUAACCAGGGUCUACAUACCGGAAAGCCUCACACACGCGUGGCGGCAACUUCCGGUAUAAGCGACCACAUUGACAGGCAUAUAUGGGAGGGGGUGUGUGGGCCGUCGAGCGCCGCGCAUGCAUUGCGAAUCUGCUUCUGCCAGCCAUACGAUGGGGCUGGGAAGCGCGGAUUAUGCAGGGGUGACCAUGGGGAUAUGGAUACCGGGGUAAACGCCACGGAUAGGCAUAUGGAGCCUAAUGUAAGGAUUGCAAGGAAAGGAAGGAGAAAGGGCUUGAGGGCUAGGAGUGAUAGCGCGGUAAGCGGUGUGGUUGGAUUGAUUGAUGGAUGA